AUGGCCGUCGUCUUUUUUCGCCAAGUGCAGACACUCGUUGCCAAGAAUCUGCGGGUCGUCCUUAUCCGACAUCCCUUUGCCACGUUCAUUCGCACCCUGCUCAUUCCUAUCAUUUUGUUUGUGUUCUUUUCAUACGCCAAGUACAUCUUCGUCCCGGCUGCUGUCUACGGUAUUGGAACCUCUCGCCCGUUGUUGUCUCUGUCCGAUGCCUUGGCUAUUGCCGCCUCCACUGGCCGCCACAAGGUCGCCUUUUACAACGGCGGCCUCAGUGGAGGUGCCAUCGAUGCCGUGAUCGAUGCUCUUGUGCCUGUAGUCGAGGCCGCUGGCAGCAAGGUAGUGCGGCUGACAGAUGACAACCAGCUCGACACAAUCUGCCACAGCAGCUUGCGCGGCGUCACAUCCUGCUACGGUGCCGUGUUGUUUGCGUCGUCGCCCAGCGAGGGCGAUGCUGGCAUCUGGAAGUACACAAUCCGCCUGGACGGAGCCCUCGGAGCAGGAAAGAUCAACAUCGACAAGAGCGACAACGAUGGCGAAGUGUAUGCGCUGCCGCUGCAGCACGCCCUUGACUCGGCCAUCGUGGCCCAGCAGAACGGUAACAGCUCUGGGGCUAACGCCAUUGCCGAUGCUGCCGUCCACGAGUACCCCUUCACCUCGCUGACCUCUGAGCAGCGGCGAGAGGAAAUCCGCAUCAACUACCAGUCCGCCAUCACCCGGUUCCUCGGCGUCGGCUUCAUCUCUGGUGUCAUCGGCAUCUGCUACCACCUGGCUGGCUUCAUGGCUACGGAGCGCGAGACCGGCAUGUCGACCCUGAUCGACGCCAUGAUGACGACCUCGGCUUCGGGCAGCCGCUGGGGCGAGGCCCAGAUCGCCCGCCUGGUCUCUUACCACGUCUCGUUCACCAUGCUCUAUCUGCCCGGCUGGGUCAUUGGUUCUGCCGUAGUCGCCGCCAGCGUCUUUUCCAACACCAGUGCUGCCAUCGUCAUCCUCUACCACGUGCUCGCCGGCAUCGCGCUCGCUUCUAUGGCCAUGUUUGGGGCGGCUUUCUUCCGUCAUUCUCAGCUGAGUGGUGUCAGCGUGACACUCAUUUACCUCAUUCUCGCCAUUGUUUCGCAGACUAUCUCCUCUCCGCAAAGCGGCACCGUGAUCGUGCUCUGCCUGCUCUUUGCCCCCUGCAACUACGUCUUUUUCAUGACCGAAAUAGCUCGCUUCGAACGCCACAGGGAAGCUGCCAAUCUGCUCCACGUGCCUCCGGGUAGUCCCUGGCAGGUUUCCGGCAUCGUGCUGUGGGUCUUCUUGAUCAUCCAGCUGUUUGGCUAUUUUCUUCUUGCCAUCUAUGUGGAUCGCUAUCUGCACGGCACGACGACGACCGGUCGUACCAUCACGGUCCGCUCGCCCGACAGCGAUGUCGAUACAGGCAGCACUCCAGCUCUGCGGCUGGAGAGCUUCAGUAAGACAUACAGUCCGGGGCCGUUGCGGCGCGCCUUUGGCUGGGCUAAGAAGCUGCCCGAGCCGGUCCACGCCGUGCGCGAGCUGACGCUUUCGGCUGGUCGAGGCCAAAUCCUCGUGCUUCUCGGCUCCAACGGAAGCGGAAAAAGCACGACGCUCGACGCGAUAGCCGGCACGAGCAAGCUCACCAGCGGCCGCAUCAGCAUUGACGGUACCGGUGGGCUGGGAAUUGCACCGCAGAAGAACGUGAUGUGGGACGACCUGACGGUCGAAGAGCACAUUCGCGUCUUCAACCGGCUCAAGUCGCCGUUUAGCCUAGCCUCGCGCGAGGAGACCCGCCAGCUGGUGGCUUCUGUCGACCUCGAGAUGAAGACCAAGGCGCUCGCCAAGACGCUGUCGGGAGGCCAGCAGCGCAAGCUGCAACUGGGCAUGAUGCUGACGGGUGGCAGUGCUGUGUGCUGUGUCGACGAGGUGUCGAGUGGCCUGGACCCUCUGAGUCGCCGCAAGAUAUGGGAUAUUUUGCUUGCGGAGCGCGGCCGGCGCACGAUCAUCAUGACGACACACUUCCUGGACGAGGCUGAUCUUCUCUCCGACCACAUCGCCGUGCUCUCCAAGGGCGCUCUCCGUGCUGAAGGCUCUUCUGCUGCCCUCAAGGAGCGACUAGGAGGUGGUUAUCGCAUCCAUGUGCCAAAAACCAGGACCAGCAAGAACACUGUGGUGCCGGUCAACAGCAGCUUCGACCUGCCUGAUGUGGACGGAGUGGUCAAGGAGAGCGCAUUUGACACUAUCUCGUACAUUGCACCGUCGUCCAGUCUGGCGGCCCGCGUCAUCCGCGUCCUAGAGGCUGCGGGUGUGGCUGACUACCGCUUCUCCGGUCCAACGCUGGAAGACGUGUUUCUGAAGCUGGUCGAAGAGGUGCAGAGCGAAGAGAAGUUGGAGGCAGACGAGCUGGACAGUACGGUGACCGUUUCUGAAAAGCACCUCUCGUCUGACAAGGAUGGCGCAGUGACGUCGUCGGAAGUGCUGGUACGCAGUGACGACGGUACGGACGCGAGCAGCAACGAAGGCAGGGGCCUGAAAUUGAUGUCCGGUCGUCGUAUUGGCUACUGGCAGCAGGCGCGGGUCUUGUUCAUGAAGCGAGUGACCGUUCUCAAGAGCAGCUGGCUCCCGUCCUUGGCGGCGUUUGCGAUUCCGGUCAUCGCGGCUGGUCUGGUGAUGUUGUUUGUGAUGAACCAGGGCCCCAUCGGCUGCUCGUCGGCCGACCAGCUGUCCAACGACCAGCCUGAGACCCUUGCAGAAAGUGGUUACAGCGUCGUCCUCGUCGCAGGUCCACGGGCACAGUUUACCGACACGACAGCCCUGCUACAGCUCUUCACGCCCCUGUUCAGCAGUAAUAGCAGCAGCAGCAGAAGCAGCAACAGCAGCACUGAUACGAGCGUCGUGGCUAGCCUGCUUCGAAACGUGACGCUCGCCGACAACUUUACACACUUCAACCAGCUCAUCAUGAAAAAGCGCAGAUCGAUCGGGCCAGCCGGAUUGUGGCUAGGCGACGACAGUUCCCCGCCGACGCUCGCGUACCGGGCAAACUCGCAGGACCAGGUCAGCUCUCUCUACGGACAGAACAUUCUGGACGCCCUGCUCGCCAACACGUCGAUUUCGGUCAGCUACACUAGCUUUGCCAUACCGUGGUCUCCCGACACGGGCAAGACGCUGCAGCUGUUGGUGUACGUGUCGCUGGCGUGCGCGGCCUAUGUGGGCUUCUUCUCUCUGUAUCCGAAUCUGGAGCGGCGGCGCAACGUUCGCGGGCUGCAGUACUCGAACGGCGUGAGUGCACUGCCGCUGUGGAUGGCGUACGUGAGCUUUGACCUUGGCAUCGUGCUGCUGUCGUCGGCGCUGGUGGCGAUCCUCUUUGCGGCACUGUCCAGUAUCUGGUACCAUGUCGGCUACAUGUUCAUCAUAUUUACGCUAUAUGGGUUGGCAUCCGCACCACUGGCCUACUUUGUAUCGCUCUUCUGCAGCAGCCAGCUGUCGGCAUAUGCGUUCACGGCGGCCAUACAGGCGGUGAUCUUCCUGGUGUACAUGAUUGCGUAUCUGUGCACGAUUACGUAUGCGCCAGUCAACCACAUCGACAGCUAUCUUCUGGUUGUGCACUUUGUUGUUUCGGCUGUUUCGCCGAUCGGGUCGCUUGUGCGGGCGCUCUUUGUCAGUCUGAACCUGUUCUCGGUGUCAUGCUCAGGCAAGGAGCUCAGCCAGCACCCCGGCAGCAUAACGCUCUACGGCGGACCGAUCCUGUACCUAUUCGUGCAAGCAUUUGUGUACUUUGGACUCGUGCUCUGGUUCGACAGUGGCGAUGUGGGAGCGACGCUGCAUCAGAUGGCGAUACGAGUGAAGAGACACAAGGCGCGGCGGCGAGAGGCAGCAGACGUCGAAGAGGAAGAAGGCCAGGAAGAAGAGGCCAGCAAAAAAGAGGGCCUGCAGGUGACGCACGUGACCAAGACGUUCAAGAACAACACGGCAGUAGACAACGUGAGCUUCAGUGUGGGACACGGCGAGGUGUUUGCGUUGCUGGGGCCGAACGGAGCAGGCAAGUCGACGACGAUUUCGAUGAUCCGCGGCGAUAUCAAGCCGGACGACGGCGACGUGUUUGUGGAGGGAGCAUCUGUGCAGAGGCAGCUGGGAGCAGCACGCGGCGGACUGGGAGUGUGUCCGCAGUUUGAUGCGGUGGACCAGAUGACGGUGCGGGAACACCUGCGAUUCUACGCGCAGGUGCGCGGGAUCACAGACGUGGCACACAACGUGCAGGCGGUGAUGCAGGCUGUGGGCCUGGCAGCGCUUGGUGAUCGGCAAGCGCAGGCACUGUCGGGGGGCAACAAGCGGAAGCUGAGUCUGGGGAUCGCGCUGAUGGGCAACCCGGCGGUGGUGCUGCUGGACGAGCCAUCAUCAGGACUGGACGCGGCAGCAAAACGGAUUAUGUGGCGGACGCUGGCGGCAACAUCACCAGGACGGUCGAUUCUGUUGACGACACACUCGAUGGAGGAGGCGGACGCGCUGGCAGGACGGGCAGGCAUCCUGGCACGGCGCAUGUUGGCGGCAGGCGUUACAGAGGAGCUGCGGUCACGAUUUGGCAGCCGGCUGUACGUGCACGUUGUCUGUCGGGGGGCACCACACACGCCAGAGGCCGAGACAGAGCGGCUGCGAAGGUGGGCAGCGGCCGUCUUUCCGGGCGCCGAGGUCGAAGAGCAGACGUAUCACGGUCAGAUGCGGUUUGCCAUCCCGGUGGUCAACGGGCAAUUGGUGGAAGACGACACGGCCACGGAGAAGCCAGUGAGAGCAACCAGUGCUGUCGGGCGUCUGGUGGUGCUUCUGGAUGAGCAGCGUGAGGCUCUGGGGAUCGAUCACUUUAGCGUCAGUCCGACUACGCUCGACCAGGUCUUCCUGACAAUUGUCGGACGCCACAACGUGCAGGAGGAGGGCUAUCGCCAGGAAGAGCUGGCGGCGGUGAAGAGAAAGUGGUGGAAGUUGGGGUUGCGCGAUUAG